AUGGGAUACUUCACCCACCAGACAGGACUGCCCAGUCUGCCUGUCCCCCCACUGCAGCAAACCUGUGAGUGGUAUCUCAACUUCCUGGAGCCCAUCUCAACAGGCUAUGGGCUGCAGGGUGACUAUUACAGCAUCCGGUUCCCUCUGGUGGUUCAUUCAAAUAUAGGGGUGGUCUUUCCUCAAAUGGACUUCAAAGAUAAGCAUGGACAAACAAGGUGUGCCGCCAGAAUGCUGGCGGCUGUGUUGGACUUCAAGACUAUGAUAGACAAUGAGACACUACCAGUUGAAUAUAUGAGAGGGAAGCCCAUGUGUAUGAAGCAGUACUCCCAGAUGCUGUCAUCCUGUCGUGUUCCUGGUCUGGAGAAAGACUCUCUGGUAUUCCACAGCAAGAGCUCCAAUCCCCCCAAACACAUCACAGUGGCACAUAACUCUCAGUUCUUUGCGCUGGAUGUCUACAACAGUGAUGGGACUCCACUGACAGUUGAUCAGCUUUACGUUCAGCUUGAGAGAAUCUGCAACUCCUCACCAGAAACCAACGCGGAGCCUGUCGGUAUCCUUACCACCCUGGACCGUGACUCCUGGAGCAAAGCUUACAUCAACUUGAUCAAGGAUAAGAUCAACAAAGAAUCACUGUCAACCAUCGAAAGGAGCAUCUGCACAGUGUGUUUGGACGGACCCAUGCCUCAAGCUUCUGAUGAAAUGUACAGCAUAUGUGCUGGACACCAGAUAAUGCAUGGAGGUGGAAGCCAGUGGAACAGUGCCAACCGCUGGUUUGACAAAUCACUGCAGUUAAUUAUUGGAAAAGAAGGGGCACAAGGUUUUAACAUGUCACAUGCUGCCGCUGAUGGUACACCUUUUAUGGCCUUAUCUGACUACGUUAUAGAAUCCAUGAAGAAGCUAGAGAAGAUACUGUCUCCUGUGGUGCCUUUGCGGAUGCCCCAGAAACUACACUUCAACAUUACACCUGAUAUCAAGAAUAUCAUUGAAGAGGCAAAGCAGAACAUGGACAUAAUUGCUCAAAACCUGGAUCUGAGGGUCAUGGUAUUCAGCCACUAUGGGAAUAAAGUUCUGAAGGAUCACAAGAUAAGUCCUGAUGCUUUCAUACAGAUGGCAAUACAAUUGGCCUACUAUAGGUAA